ACGCAAAGAGGAAACAAAUAUUUAUUUGAUACAUUUUAUCGAUGUCUUAGUUUCGCUGCGCUUAGGCAGCUACAGAACCUCCGAAUGCCUCCCCUCUAAGUGUCUAGAACUCGUACAUCAAAGACCAUAGAUCAAUCAACCACAAAUCCAUGAUCUAGUAUUCAUUGAACUAGAUUUAGAGGGUACACUUCGUCUCAAGGUCCAAUCCAAGUGGUGGGUUGACUACUUUGGAAGAGAGGGAGGACGCUUGAGACACCCUUUAUGUUGUUGUUCUUGUUGGUGAUGUUGUCGGAUUGCUGGGCGCGUCGCUCACAGAACAAAACAGAAAAGAAAAGUCAAUGAAACUGAAUGAAUGUCUCGCUACUGCUAGUGCUGCUGUUAAUUUACCUGUUUGCUGCUGUUGUUGCCGUAGACGCGGUUGAUAGCGGGUGCUGUCGUCGGUCACUGAUGAUUUCCACAGCGACGUGUAAGAGGUCUGAAAAGACAAUGCUCAAAGAUUCAGAUUGGAAAAUGAGAACACGGAGGGGGAAUGGCGACGAGACAAGAAUGAUGGAGGAAAACUUACCGCUCGUCCAUUAUCACCGAUUGCCGAUAGUCGAGUCCUGAGAGUCCAACGCGAUCUACAGAGGCACCUGGCUCCUCAUUGCGAACCCCGCCAUGGCAGACCAGCAGACAAGGCAUCCAACCGAAAGUACGCUACCAUGUUUCCAUGGCAAAAACAGAGAAGG